AUGCCAAUUGAACUCGCCAUUCUUCACAGCAUCCUGCUGUUGUUGAAGCUACUCAUUAUCCUCUUCUGGGCACUUUGUACAAGAACCGUCAGAUCUAACAUCGACACGCACGCAACCGUGAUGGUGAGUAUGCAAAAAGUCUGCGUGACCUACGUGGCAGCAGACUGCGGUUCUAUUAUCCCAGGGAAGUCUGGAGCAGCCGCGGCUUUCAAAGCAGUCAAGAUUCAUCAAAAACUGCUCCAAGCGGGUAUAGAAGUUGUUGAUAAUGGGCCUUUGGGCUACCAUGAUACGUCUUCACAGCUAGACGUGCUCGAAGAAACCAUGACUUACCAGCCAAGUCCCUUCGUACCGCACGACAUCCGCAAUAGAGCUGAUAAUCUGGAGCUCCUUCGCAAAGUACGACGGAGAAUGACCAAGAACUUCGACCAAGAGCCCAAUGCCUUCCAAUAA